GCGCGACUUUCUGGACUGCAGGUUUAAUUCGAUAUCCUUUGCAUUUCGGCAGAUUUUACUCAUUAUUUCGACACCCCCGGAAUGCCUUGAACCGAAACAUUUUCCUACAUCCCUUUGAAAACGCCACGUGGUUCGCGUUGCUUGGUCUGUUCGGCUGGACGGUCAUGCUGCUCACGGCAGCAUUCGUUGUAGACUGGUCAAGACCAAACUUCCGGCUAAGCGAUGCAAUCGAACUAGCGAUCCUUAUUACCGUAGGCAUGUUCUCGCAGCAAGGUUACGACGGGGCCGAAGUGAAGCUAGUGGCCAAGCGACUAGCGCUCUUCGCGUAUACCAUGUUCUCUGUAGUGCUGCUGCAGUUCUAUUUGUCCUUCAUCAUGGGCUACCAAUUGAUAGAUCCACCGAAAACGAUCAACACGAUGGAACAGCUAAUCGCAAGCUCGUUGGAUUUUUCGAUCGAAAAUAUGUCCUACAAUAUGGAUUUCUUUAAUAGAACCAAAGACCCGGUUGCGAUAAAGCUGCACCAGGAGCGUGUCCUACCAAACAAACAGGUGUACGUGAAUGUAUCACACGGUAUAGCGUUGGUCAAGAAGGGUGGACAUGCUUUUCAGUGUGAAACCUCUUAUGCGUACGCGUACAUCUCUGAAACCUUUACCGAGAAGGAAAUCUGUGAACUACACCACGUAUCGUUGUUUCCUCAUCGUGCAAUACAUAUUGCAGUGUCCAAGGGCAACCCCAUAAGAGAACUGUUCCGGGUGAAUCUACAGCAUUUGAAGGAAACCGGACUCGUGUCGUACCACUUGUCUCGCUACUUCCUCCGCAUGCCACCGUGCAUCAAAAGGUCUAACCAGACGACCCAGAUUAAUGUUAUCGACGUGUAUUCUGCGUUCAUGCUUCUCGCUGCCGGUAUGCUGUUGAGCUGCAUUAUUCUUCUGCUGGAAUUCGUUUGUCGAAAGAAGUUGCAUCGAAUUGCACCAAAUCCGACAGGUUUUAUGUGGUGAGAUUAACGGUUUCAGCUAUGCUGCCUUUUUGCGACAUGACUUCU